GUUUAGGGCUGGUGGAUGUUUUUAUAGGAGCGAGGACAGGUGCUACUCCUCUCUCUGGAACCAAUCAGUAGCAGGGCCACAGGUUAAAGCUAUAUCAGCUCUGCAGUCUGACGGAUCUCUUAUUUAGAAACAGCUGCAUCGAGUAUUUGGAGGUUUUACCGAAGAACAACUUUUGAAGACAUUUUAUACUUCAUUUUAAAGCGUCUCCUUCAGUCAUGGCACUGCUUUUACUUAACCAUUUGGGGAAUGACCAGAAUGAGUAUAUCAAACAACACGUCCAAGUGAAAAAUCCUUACUUGGACUCCAUGGAGGAGGAUAUUCUCUACCAUUUCAGCUUGAGCACCAAGACUCACAACCUCCCAGAAAUGUUUGGAGAUAUUAAGUUUGUGUGUGUUGGAGGCAGCGCAAAUCGUAUGAAGGCUUUCGCCCAGUUUAUCCACCAAGAGCUGCAACUGCCUGGAAACCCAGAGGAAGUCAGAGAUAUCUGUGAGGGAACUGAUCGCUACUGUAUGUAUAAAGUAGGACCAGUGCUUUCUUUAAGUCACGGCAUGGGCGUCCCUUCCAUCUCCAUCAUGCUGCAUGAGCUCAUCAAACUGCUGCACCACGCUCAGUGCAGUGAUGUGGUCCUGAUUCGCCUUGGUACAUCCGGUGGAGUCGGUCUGGCUCCAGGGACGGUGGUGGUCACAAAUAAAGCAGUGGACUACUCCUUCCGUCCCCAGUUUGAGCAGGUGGUUUUGGGUAAAGUCAUUACCAGGAGCACUGAGCUGGACGAGGGAGUGGCCAAUGAGCUUCUGCAGUGCUCUGCCGAGCUUAAAAGGUUUCCUACGAUGAUUGGAAACACCAUGUGCACCCAUGACUUCUAUGAAGGUCAAGGCCGACUCGAUGGCGCUCUUUGCUCCUUCUCUCAUGAAGAAAAACUAGAGUAUCUGAGGAAAGCUUAUGAGGCCGGAGUGAGGAAUAUUGAAAUGGAGUCCACUGUAUUUGCUGCUAUGUGCCGUGUCUGUGGCGUUAAAGCGGCUGUGGUCUGUGUUGCAUUGCUGAACCGCUUUGAGGGAGACCAGAUCACCUCCCCCCAUGAUGUUCUGGUGGAGUAUCAACAGAGACCCCAAGUCCUGGUGUCCCACUUCAUCAAGAAACGCCUGGGACAUAUUGUCUGAGACCCCUACAUCUCCCAUCCUAUCCCAGCCUCAGACUCUCAAGUGUGUAUAUAGCUGAUAUAUGGAUAUGUAUAUAUACUGUACUUAACAUGUUAAUAUGUGGGAUAGACACUUAUUUAAAACAUUGUUAAAAUGUUUAAGAUUUCAGUGAUGAAGCUAAAAUAUUAAGUAUGUUGCAUAUGUACUGUAUAUGUUAGUAUGUACAGUAUUGUAUCUUUUAAUAUUUAACACUGUUAUUUAUGUAAGGUAAUAUUAAUUUUCUAAAGAUAGUUUAACUGUAUGUUGAUUUUAAUAUUUGACUUACACUUACAAAAAUUGUUGGGUUUAUUAGCAAGUUGCUAAAAUGAUCAUUGUAGGUUUGCAAUCUAUCAGCCGCCUCUAGUUAUGAAGGUUUUUCCUCCUAAAUGCUUGUUAUAUGGGAAGUAUUAGUCCUUAAUGAUUUCCCUCAUGAUACAAGAAGAUGAAGUGGGCCUUCCUACAAUAUAUUUCAGUGAUGAAUGUGUUAUCAAAUGACUACAGGCACACAUUACAUUUAGUUGCUACUGCCACACAAGCGUGUUUAUAUACUUCCUGAAAGUAACAUAAGCGGUCAAUAAAUAUUGAUAAAUGUGUGAGGUGA